AUGGCGAGCACAACGCGACCAACCUUGGAUCCAUUGGCUCGGCACUCGCACUAUAUAUGCAAGCAUUGCACAUCUUCAUUGCGAUUAUCGAAUGGGCCGGCACGGUUCAUACACAGUGUCGCGUUCACAGCUGCGCCUACGCAAGCAGUAACACGACGAAACGGCCGCGGUCUCCCUCCGGCGCCGACACAUGAAAGAGUAAACAUCGGAAGUCAGUGGCGGGCAGCGAGCUCAGCAGCUCCGAGACUGGCGUCAAGUUCUUCGCAGAAACCGACAGUCAAGAAGGUCGCAACGGCAGCAAGCGCAAACACGCCUAAGAGCAAGAAUGAAAAAAGCUUCUGGGAAAAUGACUGGACCAUAUUCUCCGCCGACAACGCCGCUCUUGUCAAAAAAGCCCAAGCAUUUGGCGAUAAGGUGCUGCAGGCCAAGGGUGUACCUGAUGAUGCUGUUGUGAUCGAGGCAAUGAAGGUCGUGGAGUUCGCCGCCGCGCAGUUGACGCGAGCACCAACGAAGAGUGCCGUGCCGUUGUCAGAGCUGGCUGGUAAACGAAAGAAGAAAGAGGGGCCAUUGCAGAUAUCACAAGAGGGAGAUGCAACAGAUGGACUGCUGUCGUUGGACAGAUCCAAGAAUUCGAAAGCCGCACAUCCCAUGUCCAUCUCCAUCUCGAUGGACUUGCUCUCCAACCUUGCCUACAAGAUCAUCACAUUCCCCACUGUUUUUGUGACUCCAGAAGUUCUUUCGAGCUACGUAAAAGUCCAGUCGCUGCUCAAAAGACCAGAAACAUUCCCGGAAAUUUUUCACCUAUACUCUAACAAGCCCAUUCCCACACCGAACACUAACCCAACCAAAUACUCGACACCUAAUCCGCAGUCGCAUAAACAAGCAAUUCCCAAGGACGCGGCAGAUUCUGCUCUGCAGGCUGCAAUCGAAAAGAAGGACCUUGAACUUGCCAUCGCGAUAAUUGACACUUCAUACGCUACGAAGGCCUUUCAACGGCACAAGUUCAUCACCAAAGCCUUUCCUGCAAUUGGUGGCAUCGCGUUGACGCCAGCAGCAGCUGGCAUCUUGGCAUCACAGCUUCCUGCAUACUUCCCAAUUGCGAACCCUUCCGAGCUCGUGGCCUAUGCCACUGUGGGUAUGGUAACAUAUGUUGCAGGCGUAUCCACUCUCGGCUUCGUUGUCAUCACAACCACCAACGACCACAUGGAAAGGGUAACAUGGGCACCCGGCGUACCGCUACGAGAACGUUGGUUGAGGGAGGAAGAGAGAGCUGCCGUAGAUAAAGUGGCUCUGGCUUGGGGUUUCAAAGGCGAGAGGCGAGGCGAGGAGCAGGGAAUCGAGUGGGAGAAUCUAAGAGAAUGGUGUGGUCUUCGGGGCAUGAUCUUGGAUAAAACAGAGCUUAUGGAAGGCAUGGAAUAA